AUGGACUGGUUCCAUUGUAACCAGUGCUUCACGAAGUCAGCGUCAAAGUUUGCUGUAUCCAGCUGUGGCCACAUCUGCUGUGAAGUGUGUAUUAAAUCUAAGCAGUGCAGCAUAUGUGGAGCCAGCUGCAGUUAUCUGGCCAUCACUGAUGAGAUGAAGCCACAGGAGAAAGUGUUUUUCAAGGACCCUGUGAAGCUCAUCCAGUCAGAGCUGGGACAUGUAUCACAGAUUGCGGUUUUUCAGCAGACACAGAUGGAGGGAGUCACAGCGCACUUUAAGCGCAAGUCUGCUGAACUGGAAAGGCGUCUGAAGGAAGUCACCGAGCAGGCUUACAGGCAACUCUCAGAGCUGAAGAGAGAGAACGCUGACUUAAAGAAGCAGCUUUCAGAGCUCAGACGAGAAACUGCGGAGUUAAAAAAGCCACUUUCUCAGAGGAGGGUUUCUCCAGGACAGUUUCAAACUGAAGGCACUCAGAGGAUGUCCCUCCCUGUGGCCGUCACCCCACCAGUUACCCCUCGUCAAAGACCUGUGAGUCAUAUAGGCUCAGCAGAGUCUCACAGGUGGGCCAGAGACAGAGGUCCUACUCUCAACCUGCAUACUCCUGGAUCAGCUAUCUCUAUUUCCAGCCACAGUUCUCUUCAUGAAUACAGAACACCCACAUCCUUCAGCACUCCUACAAGGUGAGAAAUGCUUUCUGAAUAACCUCUGCCAUGAAGCAUUGUAUCACAUUUCUAAAUGUUCUUGAUGGGAAGAUUUUCUCAGGUAACCGAGUCAGUGCAUUUCUGUCUCCCUCAGAACGCAGACUCCUAAUGUUUUCCAGCUCCAGUUUAUGGCUGGGCUGCCAGUACAGUCUCCUAGACAUUGAUUUGUCACAUUAUUGGGAACAAGUUUGUUAGUUAUGGCGUCUUAGAUUUGUUUAUUAGGACUCAAACCAUGUAGGAGAUAAAGCUUUUUAGUUUGCCCAAAAACCUAAAGUGUCUUGUGCAUUGUUUUACCUACAUGGAUGUUAAAUUGAUACUACCAUGGCAUUCUGAUGUUGCGAUAUUAAAUUGCCAUAAAAUUGUAGCUGAUUUGUGGUAUUAUU